AUGUCAAAAAAUCUCAUAUCCAGCAAGCCCUCCUUAAAAAGUCCAAAAGGCUCAGCAAAGAAACAGAAAGGAAAACAGAUCGAAGUUAAUCUAUCUAUGGCUAGUAUAGGCCACCCAGAAAUCUUUCCCCUAGUUUUUACUACACAGACCCAAGAAAUCUUUAAUUGCCGAGUUGAUGAAGAUGUCACAGAAGAAAACCGUUUCAAACUUAUUAAAAAAGAGGACAUCAUUGAGGACCUGAAAACAAGAGCAGCAGUUUCUGAUUUCCACCCUGUCAAAAAAGUUGUCCUAGAAUAUCCAGGGGAAGAACUUCUGGUAGUUUUUGAUGCAGAAUUGCAAUAUGGACAGAACUUUUAUCUUGUUGCUACCGAGGAAGCCAAGGAAAACCUUCUGAAGCCUCCAGAAGCUGCAAAAGAAGAAGAAAAGGACGAUGAAGAAAACAAAGAGGGAACACUAGAAGAGUAUGUUUAUAAGCCUCCUAUCCGCAAACCUUGGGUUUCUCUUGGCAGUGAAAAGGAAGUUGAAGAAGAAUCUGUUAAAGACACUGUUUCAAAGAUUAAAUAUUUGAUUUCUCGAGCACGCAGAAAGUUUGGUGCACCAGUUACAUUUACUGAUAAGAAUGCUUCAAGUGUAAAAGACAGUUACAUUGAAUGUACUUCCUAUCAAGACAAAACUUUCAGCAUUAAAUUGCUUGAAAAAGAUGUGGGUGCACAAAUAGUUCCAAAAGUAAGAGAAAAUAGUACUCAGACAAAAUGGACUUAUCCAAAAAAUGCAGCCACGCAGUAUUUUCCUAGAGAGUUCUCAGAGGAAGAGAAAGAAGAAAGCCUGUCAUCCAAAAAGCUGAGAGAAUUUAUUACAUCAGUACUUUUAAGAACAGAGAUUGCAUUGCAGCAGAAUGAAAUUAUGAAUGUUUUUUUUGAUGACUGGAAAGCCCUAGCAGAAGAUGAAAGCAGCUAUGGUGGCAAGUCAGAUGUUUAUCUUAAAGAAUACCAAUCGUUUACAGAUCUGCACUAUCUCAAGGAUAGAACCAUUAGCUGUGUUUGCUGGCACCCAACCAUUUAUGGGAUUAUAGCGGAGUCAGCAACAGAGAGGCUUUCUUAUGAAGAACGAGUUGAUCUUUCUGGUAAAUUAUUGUUGCAGAAAUCAGUAAUUCUUUUCUGGAGUUUCUCUGAUCCUCUCCACCCUCAGUUAAUGUUGGAGUGUCCUGAAGACAUUUACUGCUUUCAGUUCAGCCCAAGUGAUCCAAAUAUCAUUGCUGGUGGCUGUAUCAAUGGCCAGGUUGUGCUGUGGGAUAUUUCUCAAUAUGAAGAAAAGCUGCAAAAUGCAAAAGCUAGUGCUGGUGCAAUCAAAAAGACCGCUCCAUCAUUUAUACAAGCUCAGCAGAGUGGUACAGAGCCUCCUUUAGUGAGAUACUGUGCAGUGUCUUCCAUAGAAUAUAGCCAUAAAACAAUAAUAACAGAUAUACAGUGGCUGCCAGAUUAUUUUGAGGUCAACAGAAUGGGUGCUACUUUUGAAAACAGAGCUGAAAUUUGUGUGCAGCUUGUAACCUGCUCCCCUGACUGCUCAAUAUUAUUCUGGGAUGUUCGAGGCACCAAACUUCCUGUCCAACCUUUGUCUGAGAAGGUUAAAGAGGAGAAAAUUAUUGAUGUGCUCCCUGACUUUCCUGCCACUUUUAAGCAUCUAGAUCUCACCUGGAAACCUCUCAUAAAGAUAAACCUGUGCAAGAGUGAUACCACUGUGGACUACAGUCCUAUCAAAAUUAGUCUAAGGGAACAGCAUUACCAUUACAAAACACCAGUGCAGUCUCUGAACAAACUAGAAGUACUUUCCAAAGAAAGCCCAUAUAUGGAGAUAAGUGUUCCUUCAGGCAAAAUUCUGAGAGUGCUAGAGAAUAUCUCCACCAACUUUUUUGUUGGAACUGAAGAUGGAGAAGUUAUUUAUUCUGACUGGAAAAUGGAAAGAGAUAGUGACUCAGGAAGACUAAUUAGUCAGAAGCCUUCUCAGAAACACCCUGUCCACGAUGGAAUCGUACAUACUGUUCAGCAAUCACCAUUUUUUAAAGACAUUGUUCUAAGUGUUGGAGGCUGGAAUUUUGCCAUUUGGAAAGAAGGUGUUGCAGUUGGACCAAUCCUUCAGUCAAGCUGCUCAGCAGUAAGAUAUACUGUGGGACACUGGUCCUUAACAAGACCAGGAGUUUUCUUCAUUGGCAGAGAAGAUGGAAAUAUAGAUAUUUGGGACUUACUGGAGAAAACUCAUGAGCCAUCUCAAUUCCAGAGCAUCUCUAUCUCAAUGAUCACUUGCAUCAGACCCUGGAUUGCCUCAGCAAAGCAGCAUUUUUUAGCUGUUUCUGAUGAUUCUGGAGUACUGCAUAUUUUAGAAAUCUCUUGGACAUUAAGUCACCCUUCUAGCAAUGAGCAUGCCAGUGUACUUCAUUACUUUGAAAGAGAAGUCAAGUACCUAAAAUAUUAUGAACAACGACAAGAGUUUCGAGCCAAAGAAAGAAUAGAAAUGGAGCUGGAGGCACAGAGAAGGAAAACAACAGCAACUGCUCCACAAAAAUCCAGAGAACAGAUGGAAGAGCAAGAAAAUAUGGAUUAUAUGGAAUUUCUGGAAAUAGAGAAGAAGGUACUAACAGAUCUAGGACUAGUAAAGGGAUCAGAAGUAUUUUCCUCAUCAGAUGCAUAGAGCACAACAUUAUCAACCUUAAAACC